AUGCGUUGCCCUGGAAAAGACACCGCUACUAACUCACCUUUAGGAAGACCUUCUGGUCUUAGUUCAUGGGAAUCUGUAAUGAAAAUGUCUGACAUUCAAUCGUGUGCGACAAACCAAGUUGAACUUGCUUCAAACCAAUCGAGAAUUCUUGAUCGCCCUCACAGACCAUUAUUAUCCAAGAUAGGUACUUUUUACCUCUUUAUGUAUUUUAGUAGUGGCCGAAAAGCCACCCGCUUAGCACAAGAUGUUCUAUUUUGGCCAUCUGAUAUCCCAAUAUGUGUUGCUCAAACCAUUCCACGUGCGCCUACUGAACAAGUUCCUUAUUGA